AUGGUCUGUGACAAGAACUGGGAUGACCUGGACGCGAAGGUCACCUGCCAGCAAUUGGGUUUCGUCGACGGCCGGGCCGAAUGCUGCUCAACCCUUGGAAACAUCGAUUCCCACGCCAAUUCCAUCGUGAAGAAUUUCAACUGCACGGGCAAAGAGAAACUCUUACAGAACUGCUCUUUUACAACCCAUGCAUGGGAGAGUUGCUAUGAGGCUGCAGCGUCAGUCAUUUGCUACGACACGAGUCUGGAUAAAGUCAAUAACUUUUUUAUUCUUUUUUUCUCUUUUUUCCUUAGUUACCUUCUUCUUUUCUCUCGCUUUUUUCUCACUCUCUUUCUUUCUGUCUAUCGCUUUUUCUGUUUAUCUCUCUUUUCUGUCUAUCGCUCGCUAUCUCUUUCUUUUUCUCAAUCUCUUUCACUCUCAUUUGCCUUCCGUCUGCGUGGAGGGGCCUCCAACUGGGGUCGAGUCGAGGUCCGCCACAAAGGAGUCUGGGGUCAAGUGUGCCGUGAACAUUUUACAGAUAAUGAGGCUAAAGUAGCGUGUCGCUUCUUUACUUUUCUCUCUUUCACUCACUGUCUCUCUUUGUCUCACUCUCUUUCACUCUUUCUCUCCCCAGUCACUCCCUCUCUCACCCACCUUCAUUCUCUCUCUCCCUCACUCUCUCUUUUCACUCACUCCUUCUCUCUCCCUAUCACUCUCUGUCUCACUCUCUCUCAUUCUCUCUAUCACUUACUCGCUUUCUCUAUAUAUCUCACUCACUCUAUCACUUUCGCUCACCCCCUCUUACUCUCAUUCUCUCUAUCACUCUCGUUCUCUCUUCAGUCACUCUCUCGCACUCAAUCUCUCUCUCUCUCUCUAUCACUCACUCACUUUCUUACUCCAUCUCUCUCACUCUCUCUCGUUCAAACUCUCACUUUCUCUCUCUCUCUCGCUCACCCUCUCUUACUUUCAUUCUCUCUCACACUCUUUCUCUUACUCUCUCUAUCUAUGACUCACUCACUUUCUUUCUCCCUCUCUUUCUCAAACUCUAUCUCUCAUACACUUUCUCACUCACACACUCUCUCUCUCUCUCUCUCUCUCUCUCUCUCUCUCUCGCUCACUAUUAUAUUUUCUUUCCUUUGGCUUAGUUCCCUUCUUUUCUCUCGCUUUUUUUUCUCACUCUAUCUCUUUCUCUCUCUCUUUUUUCUCUAUCACUCUUCCUCUCUGAUUCUUUCUUUCUCUCUCUAUUUCCUUUCUUUCUUUCUCUCUUUCUCUUACUUUCAACCUUUCUUUCUCUUUUUCUCAUACCGUCUUUCUUUCUUUCUUUCUCUCCCUCUCUAUCUAUUACUCUUUCUCUAUCUCUCGCUUUCUCUUUUUACCUCUUUACCCCCUCUCUUCUUCUUCCUCUCUCUCUCUCUCUCUCUCUCUCUCUCUCUCUGA